AACCGUGCCGCUCUCCUUUCCUUUAAUGCCUUCCCUCCCCCCCUAUUUAUUCCCACUUUCCCUUCCCAUUUUUUCCAUAACCAAACUAUUAUCUUCCUUCUCCACCCCCAAAAAUCAACCAAAACAGAUAAAUCAAAAUCAACCCCAAACCCUAAACCAUGCCCCCCACCGCCGCCGCCGCCUUACUCAUCCUCCUCUCCGUUAUCCUCACCGCCGCCUCACGCAACCCCGAUCCCUUCCCUGGUGACUUCUUCAGCCCCGGCGGUCAGUUCAACAUCCCGGGCUUCGGUGGAAGCGGAAGCAACACUGGAUGGGGAAACCUCGGCGGUGGUUAUGGCGGCGGCUACGGCGGCCCCUCCGGCGGUCACUCGCGAAACGGGGUGAUCCGACAGGUGUGCUCGGAGAAGGGGCCGUGUCUUAACAAGCGGCUGAUCUGUCCGGCGAAGUGCUUCACCUCAUAUAGCGGCUCCGGAAAGGGAUACGGCGGCGGCGGAGGUGGCGGCGGAUGCACUAUUGACUGCAAGAAGAAGUGCGUCGCUUACUGUUGAUUGACUGAUGAGCUUUCUUCUGUGCUUCUUUUGCGGUCGGUCGAUCUGGUUAGGUUUUGAAUCGUGAUGAUGAGCGGUUGUGAUCUUUUGGUUAAAUAGCUACGAGAGUAUGUAUUCUAUAGCUUAUAUAUAAAAUUAUUAUAUGUACUUUGUUUGAAGUUGAA